ACGGCAACGCCCGGCGGGGGGCGUGGCCGGGGGGGCCGGCCCCUCCCGGCGYCUCGGGUUUGUUUGCGGCCGGAGCCGAGCGGAUCCGAACGGAUCCGAACGGACCCGAACCGAGCCCGGAAAGAGCCGAAAGCGAGGCGGAAAGAACCGAGCGCAGCCGAACGCCGCCGGGCGGGCAUGAGGAGCGGCGGGACCGGCAGACCCCCGMGCCCCCCGCCCGGGGCCGGUGCUCCCGGGGCCACCCGGUCGAGCCCAAAGCUCCGCGGGCCCCGGUGACGCCGCGGGAGCCGCCGCAGGGGGGGCCUGGGCUAUGCGGUGGUGGCUGCGCGCCGCCGUCCUCAGCCUGCUGGCCGGAGUCGGGGGCAGCAACCCGAGCGAGCCCCGGGCCGUGGUGGGGCGCGUCGGGGGCAGCGCGGUGCUGGGCUGCGGGCUACUGAGCGCCCAGGACACUCGCCCGCCGCUCUACGUGAUCGAGUGGGUGCGAUUCGGCUUCGUGCUCCCCAUUUUCAUCAAGUUCGGGCUCUACUCGCCGCGCGUGGACCCCGAGUACGCGGCGCCCCCCACGUUCCUGGAGACGCCCCCCGCCCUGGUGGAGGUGCGRGUCCGGUCAGCGCUGACCCUCACCUGCCGGGCCACGGGCAACCCCCAGCCCGUGGUCACCUGGAGGAGGAGUGACCGGCCCGUCCAGAGCGGGGCYGGCGUGCAGGUGACCAACGGGACGCUGACCAUCGCCGCCGUGGGGCGAGCAAGCGCUGGCACCUACACUUGCCACGCGGCCAGCAAGGAGGGCACYGCCACCCACAGCACCCGCGUGCUGGUCCAGGGGCCGCCUGUCAUCGUGGUGCCACCGCAGAAUGUCACCGUCAACGUGUCCCAAGAUGCCUUCCUGGCGUGCCAGGCCGAGGCCUACCCGGGCAACCUCACCUACAGCUGGUUCCGGGGCGGCAGCAACGUGUUCCACCUCAGCCACCUGCAGUCCCGUGUCCGUGUCCUGGUGGACGGCAGCCGCCUCCACCUGCAGUCCCGUGUCCGUGUCCUGGUGGACGGCAGCCUCCUGUGGGGACAGGGGCAGGGAUGGCACCAGGGACAGUCUGGGGGUAAAUCUGUCACUCCAGGGUGA